AUCCUGUGGGCAACAAUCAAUUAGUCCACGGGAAGGUGAAUACCGUGACGCGCGCCUUGUACUUGCGCUGCUGGAGGUGUCGGAUGAGUUUUCACGGUUCGCGAAAUCCAGCGAGUGAAAAUAUAGGUUAUGAUAAGUGUACACAGUUUGUGAACGGUGGCUGGCCGAGCAAAUCGAGCGGCGCGCGCACACAUUAAGCCGUUUGGAAAUUCAAACAAGCCAGCGUGCAAGCGAGACGGGAAACCGCGCCGCUGUCCCAGUGUGUGCCCAGAUGAGUGUCUAAUGUGUCUAGAGGUUGUGCCGUGCCUGCUGAAUUUCGUGUGUGAGUGUUUGAGAGCGCAAAAAAAGGUUUUUCUACUGGAGAAGCGCACAGUGAGUAGAAAAUACAGUGCGCGAAAAAAGGUUGGAAAGAAAAGCAACACACGUGCACGAGCGCUUGCUCUUGGUCAGUAAUUACGGUGGUGUUGUUGUGGUGGCGUUAUUGGGCAAAUUAUCGGUGAAAGAGAAACGAGCAGCAAGUUUCGGUAGCCGACUCGGUACCGCCGACCGUUUGAUAGUGUCGAAAGAAGAAGGCACUCGAUUAGUGCAGCAAUUCAAAGCUGGUUGUAACGUCGACGCCUAAAAGGGCUUACGUGUGAAUCGAACAGUGUACGUGCGCAUAGUGUGCGAAGGGAAAUUGAAUUCUCGAAGUCGUAAUCUUGCUGGGUGUGAAGCGGGAACGAGGUUAAGGAAGGGUAAAAGCUGAAGGAUGCGACCCUGUUUAGAGGCUGGAUCGAAGGAGUGAAGGAAAACGAAAGAAAAGGGCGGCAGUAUGGCGUACGUUGUUUGGCUCGUGCUUUUGAAGCAGUACUCGAAGGUUCGACUGGGCGUACAGAGGAACCCAUCGGUGGAAGACGAAAUUUCUCCAACAACCCGGCGCACGAAAUCCUUCGACGAUCAAGCGUGGAAAGUGCACGACGAAACGGUGAACCUAUCCGCAAACAUUUCCGCCAUAUCAACCACCGCGCUGACGGAGCGCUCGUCACAAGUAGACUACGAUCUGGAUUCGUUCGGCAGCUCCCGUGAACCUCGGUCAAGAUCAUCCGGUUUGGAUGAGGUGCUGGUGGUGGCCGGGACGGAAGAUUUAGCCAGUGAUGCUGCACCUGGCACAACCCUGAACCGUGGUGAAGUGCGCAAAAGUCGUUCCAAAAUGAAGAGUUACCUGAAGCGUUGUAAGGAUGUGUUGAUAAGUGGUGUGGUGGGACAUGCGGCUGGCAGUGGUGUUACUCCCGGCUGUCCAGCCUCGAACUCUACCGAGGAUCGCCAUCAUGAUGUGGUAGUGUAUCAUGCGCAGGGUGACGAGUCCCAACCGAACAGCAGUACGUCCUGUUGGUACUUGGAUAAUCAGCUGAUGGAGCUGCGGCCGGAAGAUAACCGUGAGCCUUAUUCCUCACUCGCUUCAGCACGGUUGAAGUCCGAGUUGGAGGAGUCACGAUUGGCUCGGGAGAGUAAGAUGGAGGAUGAGCGGAAACUGGAUGAGGUUCUGGUGAUUGGUGCCGAAGUACCAAUCGCAACUGUAACGACAACGGUCACAAAUACCUCGAGCAGUAGUGUAGCGAAAAUUGGAGCCACUUCUGCGAUGGACGAUCAGUUCCAACAUUCAACCGAGAGCUCCUCCAGUGUUCAAGGAACUCCAGACGAUACCGCCAUUGAUACGAAGCUGCAGUUGGGCGACUGUUUAUCAUCGGCGCAUGGCGGUAGCAUCGAGAGCCUGAUCGACCAUUACCUGGGGCCACUGUAUCCGGACUACGCGGACCACACGCGGCCGAUGCUGAUCCGACAGGCGCGCGAUCUGCUCGUCUGCACGUUUCACGGCGAUCUGGAGCGGUUCGAGGGCGACUUCCUGCGUCCGGCCACCGAUAUCGUACGGGAACUCCGGUGCGCUUAUCAACGGGGCAAGGAUCUAAGCUGGUGUGACGGUUGGCCACUGGCUGUUGCAGGAGCCCUGGUGCUCCAUCUGGGAGCUCUUGAUGAAUCGCUGGUCCGUACGCAGGAUACGUACCUUUGCAUUCGACCCGAGCCGGACACGAGCAAACCCGAGCUCUAUGCAGUUUGGCGUGGCACAUCCACACCCUCAGCAGCAGCAGCAGCAGCAGGAGCCACACCCGCACCAAACGUUGCCACCAACGUUCCAACCCCUCCUCAACCCGCCUCGAUCGUGUACCGUCGGUUGGAUCCGAUCCGCGAUCCGAUCACCCCUCUAGCUGUGGAGAUGCUGACGGAAGAUCUGCCCGCCCUGUUGCAGAACCUCCUGGUCGGCAUCGAGCGGGCGAUCAGCCGCGUCCCGCUGGAAGACCUCGCCUUUCCUUCGCCGUCGAUCGAAAGUCCGACGCCGCCGGCCACUACCGAUGCCGACGAGAACGGUGGUGAGCUGAACGAAGGUGGCCGGCAGCACGACACCGGCACCAGCACCGCACCGGGCACACCCAAGCUUGGGCUGCUGAAGCGUCGGGAACUGAUCACCAAAAACAACAAGCUGCUAAUCAACAGCAAGUACACGCAGCUGAAGCGACAACCGCUGGCGACCACCGUCGUUUCCGGUGCGAACCUGUCAACGACAGCCGCCGGCAGACCAGUGCCGGGGGCGACCGGCGGCAAUCAAAACGGCAAUCCGCACGCCAUCGGUGGAAAAAGUGAAAAUGCACCACAGAUCGGCGGCAAUCAGUGUAAUGACGGUCUAAGCGUAACCAUCUGCGACACCGGCGGGGAUGAGGGCGGUGGUGACGGUGGUGGUAGUGGAGGUCAAGGAGGAAAUAAUCAGCAAUCAACAGCCGUCGAAGUAGUUGGACCGGUGGCGGCUGCUGGUGCAGCAGCAGCAGGAACAGCAGGGAUGCCACUAUUCUGUCUGGGCGGUUCCUUUCCACACAUCGACAGUGACGAGGAGAGCAGUGACGAGCAGAAGAAGUCCGAACCAGCACCUCAUCUACCGCACGAGAUCGUUGCCCCGCGAUCGAUCCGCGAGCUACCGGAGAAACUUUUGACAUCAGGAAUUUCAAUACCAGGAACGCACGAUCGCUCCGGCUCGCCGAUCAUCUACAUCGAGGCGGAGAAAACGCUCGCAUCGGGCCUGAACUGUUACGAAAUUGCAACCGUGCUACUGUACUACAACACCCUACCGAUCCAAAGACCCGCCCAUUACACGUUGCAUCUGCUGGUGAACGAAAGUGCACAGCUUGCCUUUCUCGACACGAUCGAGAGCACACUGCAACUGCUCGACGGUCACCUAAAGCUGUCCGCCAUCUACGUGUCCGGUGCGUACGAUCCAGCGGAGCAGCAGAACGGACAUUCGAAACCGCCGAGAGAGUACCUACGCCCCGGGAGUGUGCGCGUCCGCUACCUUAACAACGAAACGAUCAAAAACUUCAUCAGCACGGACAAUCUGCCGAUCCAGUGCUGCGGGUUUUACGUGCACAAUCAGCGCGAGUGGGUCGACUUCUUCCAGCUGCUAGAAUCGUUACAGCAGCAGUGCGUCGAGACGGGCCGACGGUUGGUGGCCGUGCUGGGUGAUCUUCGUGGUGCCGAAACACAAACGGCCGCCCUUCAGCAAGGUUCGGCGGCAAAUCAACAGCAACCGUCCGGUACGGCAACAACCCGCCGGCAGCUACAUUCGCAGCACCGUGCGCUUAGUCGUGCGUUGAUGGACUCGGAGCUGCAGAGCUUGCGCCGCAAGGGACCGAACACGAUCCAGCGGUUGCAGGACAAGCUGACCGUUAUCAACAACAGACAAACGCUUAAACAAACCAAAAAUUUAGUUAGAGCCUUUAGUGUAGAUAGUAACAACCUGUUGCGUAGCGUUAGCAGCGGAGCUAGUAGUAUUACCGGCCACCACGGCACCGACCUCGACCAGGACAUUGUUAACGGGCGGCUGGCGGAGGUGAUUGCCAUCUACGGGGAGGUGGAUCGGGCCGCACGCAAGCUGGAGCAGCUGACCGAACAGCGGCGCGAGCGACUGCGGGAGAUGACACGCCAGCGUGCCCUGGACGAUGAGAUCAAUGAGGUUAUCUGCUGGAUGCGCAACGAAGGUGAACAAUCGCUCCGCACCUACAGCGACCCGAGUACCCUCGAAUGCCCCGACACGGCCAAGGACUGUGAGACCCAGUUCGAGCAGUUCUACUACAUCGCCCGCAAGCACGUGAGCAAGGGCCGCGAUCUGUGCGAUGCGUCCGGCGAGCUCGAAAUUAUGCGUGACAACCUCAAACUGCUGAAGGACUGUGUGGACGAGUUCCAGGAACGGUUGGAGCGAGUGCGCGAGCGUAUAGAGGGUGCGGCCCGGCUGCACUCCCUGCUCGGUAUGCAACAGCUCAAGCUGGACGAUGACAUCCGGACGGAGAUGUUAAAGUUGGCGGAAAAGAUUGAAGCUCCGGCACGGUUGGUCGAACGGUGCCGACGCUUGGUGCCGACCGUGCACGUGGACUUGCACGACACCUCCAAUGGGGAUGGGUCGGCGCAGGAACAGUCCACCAACAGUGUCCAUAGCCAGAACUUCCUCAACCAUCAGAACAACAACAGUACCAGUGAUAAUAUAAGUUUAGAUAUAAGCAUGUCGGAUGAUACGAUCACCGCUACCAGCACGCCGGAAAAGGGCAAGUUUGGUCAACCAUUACCACCGCCACCACCACCAUCGCAGUCACUGCCAACGCUUACCGAGCAGACCGAUGCGCCUCACGAUCAUCACCACAGUCAGGAGGGCCAGGGAACGACGAUAGAGAGACACCGGCGAGGUCAGCACCAUCACCAUCACCACCAUCAUCACCACCAUCGGCACGAGGAAGAGGACGAGGAGUUGUCGAAGAUGGCCGACUCGGGGCUGGGUGGAUGUGAUCGGUGCGAAGGAAACACUAAGCUGGAACGGACCUGCUCGUGUCAAAGUUUCGACGAUCCUAAGAAUGUGUGCAACAACAGUGACGAUCUGGACGAGGAUUGCUUUGAGGGCAUCUCAAAGCCACCGCUGGAUCUGCAAAUGCCGCUGCAGGCGAAUGCGCAUCUCUACUGUCACGCCUCGAACCUGCAGCUAGACUACGAGGAGAACAAUCCGUUUGACCAGAAGACGCAAAAGACGCUUCUAUUGAUCAUGCGCGAAAUGAUUGGCACAGAACGCGACUACGUCCGCUCGCUCCAGUACGUGAUCGAGAACUACACGCAGGAGCUGUUGCGCGAGGACAUACCGCAGGCAUUGCGCGGCCAACGGAACGUCAUCUUCGGCAACAUCGAGCGUAUCAGCGAGUUUCAUCGGCAGCAUUUUCUUAGCGAGCUGGAAAGCUGCGAGCAUCACCCGCUGAAGGUAGGGACCGCGUUCCUUCGGCACGAGUCCAAGUUCUAUCUGUACGCCCUGUACAAUAAGAACAAGCCGAAAAGUGAUUCGCUGAUGAGCGAAAACGGUACGCAGUUCUUUAAGGCGAAACAGAUCGAGCUAAACGACAAGAUGGAUCUGGCCUCGUACCUGCUGAAACCGGUGCAACGGAUGGGCAAGUACGCACUGUUACUGCAGCAGCUAAUGAAGGCGUGCGCAGAAGUGCAGCACACGAACAGUAAUCCGGAGAUUCUGGAAGACUUGGAGAUGCUACAGAAGGCGGAAGAGAUGGUACGAUUUCAGUUGCGCCACGGUAACGAUCUACUGGCGAUGGACAGCUUGCGGGAUUGUGACGUGAAUGUGAAGGAACAGGGACGUCUACUGCGCCAGAAUGAAUUUCUCGUGUGGGAAGGUAAGGCGGGCAAGAAAUCACUGCGGCAGGUGUUCCUGUUCGAGGAGUUGGUGCUGUUCAGCAAGGCGAGAAGAUUUCCGGAUCGGAAGAAUUUGGAUAUCUACAUCUACAAGAACAGUAUCAAAACGUCCGACAUUGGGCUUACGGCGCACGUCGGAGAUUCGCCGUACCGGUUCGAGAUCUGGUUCCGGAAGCGUAAGCCCGGCGAUACCUGGACCCUGCAGACGAUGAGCGAGGACGUGAAGAAUGCUUGGACGGAGGAGAUCUCGAAGCUACUGUGGAAGCAGGCGAAGCGUAACCGGGAGAUCCGACUGGCCGAGAUGUCCUCGAUGGGUAUCGGCAGCAAGCCGUGCCUGGACAUUCGUCCGAGUCAGGAUCAAAUCAACGAUCGGUCCAUCAGUAUAUCGCAGCUAGGCAAAGCUCCCAAACUACGGAACUCCUUCAUGGGCACUUUGCCCGAAUCGAAGUCAAACAAGCGGCCACAGUCGAUCAUUUCCGUCAGCUCUUCUUCGUCGGGUAGUUCGUCCGUUAGUACCGGGACGAGUUCGACGACCAGCGGAUGUGAGGCAACGACGGUUAGCGUGAGUGGCAACAGCAACAGCUCGUCUGGAUCGUCCUCUGCCGCUAGUAAUAGUGGCAGCAGCAGUAGUAGUAGCAGCAGUGCGAGCAGUACUACGACCACUAGCAUCACCACGUGCAAGCGGCUAACGCUCAGCAUCACCGACCCGAAUGCUCCGGCACCGCUCAAGACGGGCUACAAGAAGCAUCAGCGAUCAACGACUCUCGUGAGCCAAUGUUCUAUGGAGAGUGGCAUCAUAGCUGAUAUUUCGCUCAGCCCGGACGAGGUACUGGACAAUCCGCACUGGCCACAUUCGCACCAUCAUCACCACCACCACAACAACAAUCACCAUCUACCAAAGCAUACCAACCUGAAGAAGACUCACAGUCUGGCAUCGUCUACCCUCAGCUCUGGUCCCGUUUCGCUGCCCUCCUCGGUACUGUCGUCGGACGAUCCGAACAAAUCGGAGGACAUCAAACCGGACGCCAUGUCACCUUCGGUCGAAACGACCGACCAUACCAUAACCGUACAUCUGUAAAGUGACCACUAGCACUACUACCACCACUACUACUACCACUACAACCACUGCUCUUAAGUGGCCUAACUGAGCCUCACCCGAAAUCCGCCCGUGUACAAACCUCCUCGACGGUUCUCCGUCGGUCCUGAAUGCAUGUGUGUUUGUGAGUGUUUUAUUGCCGUAAGAUCAAAUCGGAUAAGCAAAUCUUAUCCGAGCAGGCGCGUUAUUAUUCGAUUAUUUUUAACAGUAACUCGUGCUAGUAUUAUUUUUAUCUAUACCGCUAUUUUAUAACAACUAACUGUGUUUAGAGCGGCCUGCAUGUGUUGCAAGCGUCGGAAGGAUUUGACAAACUGAAGGAAAGUUUAUAAAUAGCUAAAGCGCUAAACAGAAAACAGUAAAAGGUAAAAUGAAAAAAUCGUAAGUUUAUUAAAUUAAAAAGAAAGAAAGAAUAAAUAAAUAAAAUAAAAAAAGAAGUAAGAAAAAGGAUACAAACAAACAACCCUGACAAAAAAAAGAAGGAAGGAAAAAUAGAAAAGAAGAAACAUUCGAUAAGAGAAAGCUCUAAUUGGAAGGAACUUAAUUUAUUGUACUCUAGCGUGUUAAAUCGUAUCUUUAGCGUGUGAACGGCAGCGAAUUGAUAAUCGAAUUGAGCGCUCUAGCUAAGAGGAACAGAAUCUUUUAAAGUGAGAAAGAGAGAAAAAACGCUAUUCAAACUAUGAACUAAAUGUAACUCUUUUUGGAUUACUUUUGCUAACAGAUCAGAUUAGUUUUAGACAAGAAGGGAGAGAGCAAAAUAUGUGUUUAUAAUGUUCAAGAAUCGUUCUAAAUUCCAUUUUUUUUAUUUGUAAAACCACCCCAUUUCACACGUGCUAUGUUGUUUGUUUGUUCUCUUCUUCCGUUCGUGCUUUGUUUGUUUUUUUGUCUUCUGUGUAUGAAAUACGAUAGUGCGGUUGCUUUAUGUUUAGGAGCUAUUCUUAUUACUGCAUACUGAUAGUAAUUAUAAUUCAUAUAGGGCCAACCGACAGCGACAGAGAGAAACCUGUAAACGGAGGUGCCUCCGCAAGCGAUAAACGUAAGAAAUAUAUAUUAUUUUAUUUACCUACA